CAGGAGGCAUCUCGCUUCAACGAGACAUUUGCCCGGAAGCUUUCGGUGGAGAAUGUGCUGCAAGGACACGAAGGAUGUGUGAAUAGACUUGCAUGGAACGAGGAAGGCACUCUCCUUGCGUCUGGAUCAGAUGACAGAAGGGUGCUCCUGUGGCAUUACCCAGACAGCAACCUAGCGCCAGUGGUGCUCAAGACGCCCCACUUGGCAAACAUCUUCGGUGUGCGCAUCCUGCCAUGCUCUGGGAACAGGCGCAUUGUGACCGGGGCCAUGGACUGCAGUGUCCAGCUGCAUGUGCUCGAUGCCUCGCCUUCAACGUAUGCCAGGGCAAAACGGGAGCAGCGCACUGUGAGAUGGGUGCCUGACGAGGGCAAUGAGCCCGUUCCCUUGCACACCACCAAGUACCUGUGCCACUCCAAGAGAGUGAAGGGUGUGGAAGUGGCGCCGCGGGAUCCCCAUGUCUUCUGGUCUGUGAGCGAAGAUGGGGACGUACGGCAGUUUGACACUCGCAGCAGCACACAGGAUGAGGAGGAAAGCCCCAAUGUGCUCCUGUCCCUGAAGCGCAGCAGUGCAGCUGAUGACGUGGAGCUGAAGUGCAUGGCUAUCAACAAGGUGAGGCCGAAUGAAAUGGCAGUGGGAGCGCACGACCAGUACAUCCGCAUCUUUGACAGGCGCAUGCUGUGCACAGGUAUGCUGAUGGUGGCGCAGCUGUCCAAGAAGGCAGAGGGCUGCAAGAGCGCAGGCAACCACGCCUACUUUGAGAAGGACUUUGCCAAGGCAGUGCGGCUGUACAGCGACGCUAUCCAUUAUGCCCCAGGCUCCGCGCUGCUGUACUCGAACCGCUCUGCGGCAUUGCUGGGGCGUGGAUGGCAAGGGGACGCUUGGUUCGCUCUUCAGGACUCCGAGCAGGCUCUUCGCAUCAACGCCUCCAGCUCCAAGGCUGUCUACCGCCGCAUACAGGCCCUCAGAGCUCUUGGCCUGCUCGAGGAAGCAGCAGCGUCGAUGGAGCAGUUUGAGGGCGAAUUCCCCGACAUGCAGAAGGACGCGAAGCGGCUGCGCGAGACGAUCGAGGAGGACCUGGCGGAGGUCCGCAAGAAGGCCGAGCUGCGCCGCACGCAUGUGCCGGAGGGGCGGCGCCUAUUGCAGCGCUACAUGGGCCACUGCAACAUCCAGACAGAUAUCAAGGAAGUGACUUUCCUGGGCGACAACGAUGAGCUUGUUGCAGCAGGGAGCGAUGACGGCCGCAUCUUCAUCUACGCUGCAAAGAGCGGGCUUCCCAUUGUCGCGCUGGAGGCUGAUGAGGAUGUGGCCAACUGCGUUGCGCCCCACCCGAGUCUGCCGGUGCUGGCGACCUCCGGCAUUGAGUCUGCCGUGCGGCUGUGGUCGCCCAAGGGCCCUGCUGUCAACCCCGAUCUGUCCCAGGAAGUGGCCGCCAACCAGGACCGCAUGCGUGCAGGGCCCAGCUUCGGUGCGCGGCUCAACCCGCGGCUGCUGGCGGCCAUCACCCAGAACCCAGAGCUGCUGCAGGUCAUCAUGUCGCGCACGCGAGUGGCCGGCCUCUCCAGCGAGCAGGAGCUUGCAGGCGCGGAGCAGGAUCAAGACGGCCCUGGGGCCUGCUCUAUCAGCUAG